UCCAGGCCGCGCGGGCUGGCGGGUUAUCCUUCCUUUUAUGGUCUCCGUUUCCUUCCUGGAAGCCUCAGUUGGAUGAGGAGAGGAGAGGAGGGCGCAGCACAUCACACGCCGUUCAUCCUCCAGCGGGGCUGCUGUGCUCUACCUUCAGCCUGCAGCUUUCUGGAACAUUCAGUUUUUAGUUUAGUUUUUUUUUAAACCAAAGAAAUGAUAAAUAUGAAAUUAUUAGAAUCGUGAUUUCUUGGAUACGGAUGAUUUUUCUUUCCCCGUUUGAUGAUUUUCUCUCGUUUGUUUCCAUUGUCGAACAGUCUGUGGAAUGGUCUGUGUUUUCUCCCCUGGGUCGUUUCCACUUCAGCAUGGGAACUGCGGUGUCCAAAAGGAAGAAUCUGAGGAGUGACGCGAUAUCUUCCGUGGCCGCAAAAGUUAGAGCAGCCAGAGCAUUUGGAGAAUACCUGUCCAAUACCAAUCCAGAGAACCGCAACGGAGCAGAUCAUCUGUUGUCUGACACCUUCCCCGGCCAGGACUGCGACUCUCCAGACGUUAGCCACUUGCAUAAAAACAAUCUGCCACCACAGAGCCACUGUUUGCCUGUAGCUAAACCCAACCAAUCCAAUCCCAGUGUUCAUCCACAGUCUCAGUCUCUGGUGAACACCCUCCAGGCUCCAGCACCUUUGGGCCCUUCCAAACGUCGAUUCUCUGUUGAGCGCAGCCUCUCCGCAGAGGAACAACCAGGUGCCAGAGGCCCAGAGGGGAGUGCGACAGUAAAACCAGCCAGAGUCUACACAAUCACCAGGGAAGGAGGGAUGACCCUGGGGGGCCGUGGCAGUGAGGAGAGCCUCGAGUUGGAGGUGCUGAAGGGCUCCAGGGAGCAGCCUCUGUCCCAGGCCCCUGCCACCGUGAACCACAACCCAUCCUGCACUAGCCAACCGUCUGCCUCAGCUGCCCGCAGUAGCCAUCAUCGUAGUAGCCACCACCGCAGCAACCAUCACCAUGCCCACCAGCAUCACGCAGGCCCACCAUCAUCAUCUCAGCCACUGCAGAGCUCAGGGAACGCCAGCAACAUCCGAGACUGGGGGAUGAGACGAGGGGGAUCGCGGGAUGACUACACCCCAGACUGCGUGUCCUGCAUUCGGGCUCCAUGCCAAAGCCAGCGUUCCCUUGAUCUGGAUACCUCACCACGGGAUGGAGGGAAGCACCGCAAAAAACUGGAGAGGAUGUACAGCGAGGAAAGAGCAUCUACUGAUGACAGGGAAGACACUCCUAAUAGCUGGUUCCCCAAAGAAAAUAUGUUCAGCUUUCAGACAGCCACCACCACAAUGCAGGCAAUAUCGGCUUUCCGCGGGAUUGCUGAGAGAAAGAGGCGGAAAAGAGAGCAGGAGGCAGCAACCAUGAUGGAGAGAAAUUUCCGUAAGCACCUCAGGAUGGUGGGCAGCCGCAGGAUGAAAGCCCAGACCUUCGCCGAACGCCGAGCCAAGAGCUUCAGCCGCUCGUGGAGUGACCCCACCCCUGUCAAGCCUGACUCACUGCAUGACUCCAGAGACAGUGGUGAGCUUCAGACCUCCUCAGGGACUCUAGAUGAAGGGUUGGAUGAGGAUGCUGAGUGGGAGGAGGAGAGGGAGAUGGAGAGAGCGGCCUGUGAGGAAGAGGACUUCAUCCCACCAAAAAUCAUGCUGAUAUCCUCCAAGGUCCCAAAGGCUGAAUAUGUUCCCAACAUAAUCCGCAGGGAUGACCCCUCCAUCAUCCCCAUUCUUUAUGACCAUGAACGUGCCACAUUUGAUGACAUCCUUGAGGAGAUAGAGAAAAAGCUGACUGCUUACAGGAAAGGCUGUAAAAUCUGGAACAUGCUUAUUUUCUGCCAGGGAGGUCCAGGACAUUUGUAUCUGUUGAAGAAUAAAGUGGCUACAUUUGCCAAGGUGGAGAAGGAGGAAGACAUGAUCCAGUUCUGGCGGCGGCUCGGCAAGCUGAUGAGUAAGCUGAACCCAGAGCCCAACCUCAUCCACAUCAUGGGUUGUUAUGUGUUGGGGAGUGCUAAUGGUGAAAAGCUUAUUCAGACUCUAAAGAGGCUGAUGAGACCCUCAUCAGUUGAAUUCAAGUCCCCACUAGAGCUGUCUGCACAGGGCAAAGAGAUGAUCGAGAUGUACUUUGAUUUCCGUCUGUUCCGCCUGUGGAAAAGCCGUCAGCACUCAAAGCUGCUGGACUACGACGACCUCUUGUGAUGUUGCCCACCGUCUGUUGGUUUGUCAACUGGUUAUCUCAUAUCUGUGCCUACUGGAGCACAGUGACAGGGCAUUUGGUUGAAGGGCCCCUUAGAGGUACCUUGACCGGCUCAGUGCCAGAGCUGGAGCAGCAGCACAGUUGGGUCUGUUUUUCCCCUCUGAAGCAACAGGGUGGCCCUGUAGAUUCAGCCAGUGGUGUACUUUUCCUCCCUUAUCCAUUUUAACUUUCUGCCUAUCUCUCUGAGAAAAGAGAAAGAGAGGGACAAGAAAAAGGAGGAGAAGCAAGAGACUCAUCAUCCUAUCCUAAACGUGUCAAGAGACUCUAACUACAGUUUCAGAUUCCUGAGUUCAGAGAGGAUGCUAGAUAAAAGAGUAACAUCAAUUAACAGAAAGAACUAUUUACUCCUUUCUGAGUUUAGAUGGAGACAGAUUGUAUUUAUUUAUUUAUUUAUCUGACUUUUUUGCCUUGUCUAUUCUUUUAAGAUGGAGGCUUUUAGGAAAGAAGUGUUUUCUUUUUCAGGUGUGGAAGUAUUUGAAAGGGAAUUAGAGCCUAUAUGUAAAUAAACAAGCGCUUACUGGAGCAUUAGAGAACUGAUUCCCAGCAUCUCUGCCCAUGCUAUCAUGUGAAAAUCUAGAUAUUUGGUUAGUCUGAUAAAAACAUAGAGGUCUCCAUUUAACGCAGUUUUUUAGACUUAAAAUAACUAUUAACAUUUUGUACAGACUGUUGUAUUAACUCAGGUUAAAUCCCUUGUUUGAUACUAAUAAUUAUACUUACUGUUCGCAACAUACUGUAGAUCAGAAUCCAAGGCCUACAUACUCCAUCUUCAGUAGAACGUUAUGACCAUCAGGGAUGAUCUAUCUUAGCUUGUGUGUGAAAGGUGGAGAUUUUCUACAUUUUCAUAGUCAAAUCAACUGUAGCUGAACAGAUGUACCCAUGCAUGUUUCUUAACAACAGAGCAUUACAUUUGACCCCACUGAGCCAACACUAACUUCUUUCUUGAGCUGUUGGUUCAUGGGUGCUGGACAUUUUUAGUGUGUUUUUAUUAUUUGUGUGUGUGUGUGUGCAUAGUUACUUGCAUUUUGUCACUCUGUAAAGAGGUUGCAGGUAGAGACUAUGACACCAGACUCUGCACACCAUUGGUAAUGUCCAUUAAAAGUAGACAAAAAUACAUACUGAUAACAUACAUACUGUACUGUAUAUUUUAUUUGUUUCAACACUACUUACCUUCAACAUUACUUACCUUUUUUUUUUUUUUUUUGGACAAAAUUAGAAUUUCUUAUCAAAGACUUGCUUGAAUCUUUCAGUAGCAAUGGAGAGGUAGAGGUGAUAGUUUUUUAAGUGUUUCUCCUCACCACCAAAUUGUUGUGUUUGUGUUAAUAUACUCUUAAAAAUACAGCUAUAGAAAGUGCUCUAGAAAAUUAAUUUUAGUGAAUAUCACAAUAUGAAGGUCUGUCUCUCAAAAUACAGUCCUUGCCAUACUCAUUUCUGCCAUUAAUAUCUAUUUUUUAAAACAUCAUGACAUUUUAUAUUUUCCAUUUUAGAGUUUAAAUGAUGUGUAUUUUGUGUUACCACUGAACAACUUUAAGAUUUAGUAUCAAACUUCCAUAAAGUUUGGGGAGUUGCAAGAGACAGGUUAAAGCCAAACUCAAACAAUGGAUCCUAAAUUUCCCAUGAUGCAACUGGAUAGUAGUGUCUUUUUUCUUAGACCUUGUCAGUUUCUGUGACAUCCCCAGGGAUAUUUUCUCCAACUUAAAAAAGGUUCCCUUCAGAAAUACAAAAGACAUUGCCUGUUUUCAGAUGUUAAAUAAUACUCCUUGUGACAAAUUGACUCAUCUUUAUGUGUAUUACACAUAUUGGUAAAAACAUAAAACUUCAACUGGCAGGCAUCAAUGAAAGUUUCACACACUGUCGUCCAUUAUAUCAGACUUGGGUUCCUGUAAUCUAUUUUACAACAAAGGCCAGUAUUAGCCUGAUGCUGCAUUAUAGGCCUAACCUGUAUUUAUUAAAAGCAAUUCUAUUUUUUUAAAGCAAGGGCUUAACCUAUUGCACUGUAUAACUACAAAAUACUCACACUAAUGGUAAAUAACAAACUGCUGCUUAAAGUUACUUUAAACUAACAGUAACAGUUUUUAGGGAGAGUGCUGUUUGAAAACUUAAAUCAACUUUGGAUCAAUAUAACCAUUGUUAUAAUAAUAUAACUCCUGGUAUUGGUACUGAAUAUGUGUAAUGUCAGAAAGGAUUAGUGCCGUUUACAUUGCUCCAGCUUGUGCUGGGGUGGCCAUGUCCUCUGUGAUGCUAUUCUCCCUCAUAUAUGCAGCUUCAUCAUUUGAUAAAACUCACUGUAUGUGUGCAUUCUUGAACUUC